AUGGGCGCAGGAGAACGAGCUCGCCGCCGCUGCAGCACGCUAGGCAACUGUCGCGGCCACAGACUAUGGGAAGGAGGAGGCCAACAAGGCAGGGGCGAUGUCAAGUUGAGAUGCGAGCAACACCGCAUCGGAAUGAUGAAGGAGAGACUGCGUGACUCCAAGGUGAGGCCGGCGUUGCAGCAGCAAGCCGAGAGGAGCCUCGCCGGCAAGAGGGCCCUCGUCACCGGCAGAACCAAAGGAAUCGGGCGCGCGAUCGUGGAGGAGCUCGCGGGGUUUGGCGUACGGGUGCACACCUGCUCCCGGAGCGACGCCGACCUGCAUGAGCGCCUGCGCGGUUGGCAGGCCGGCGCGGACGCCGGCCGACUGCGCGGCCGCGUCCCGGGCUCCGCAUGCGACGUCUCCGUGCGCGGCGACAGGAAGCGGCUCGUGGCCACGGCCCGCGCCGAGAUGGGGGGCAAGCUGGACAUCCUCGUCAACAACGCCGGCCAGUCCUUCUACGGGGCGGCCACGGACUACGUUGUACGGAUACUUCAGAAAGCGCGCGUAUCCAGUUGGAUACUGCCCCGAUAUUCGGAUACUGCCCCGAUACGGUGA